GUGAUGGCCUCACACAGACAUCAGGGUCAAAUGUAUGAGAUAAACCUAUAAAAGGGAGUCUCUGGAACUGCUGAGGCACAGGGAAUCGACUAUCAGGUCGUAGUCAUGUUCUUGCUCAUUAGUUGUCUUGCUCUUGUGGCUUCAGCACUGGGGUGUGGAGUGCCUGCCAUCAAGCCCCAGGUGAGUGGAUACAACAAGAUUGUGAAUGGUGAGACAGCUGUGUCUGGAUCCUGGCCCUGGCAGGUUUCUCUUCAGGAUGGUACUGGAUUCCACUUCUGUGGAGGUUCACUGAUCAACGAGUACUGGGUUGUCACUGCUGCUCACUGCCGUGUGUCUGCAAUGAGCCACCGCGUCAUCCUGGGAGAGCACGAUCGUCAGACCAACAGCGAGCCACUCCAGGUCAAGAGUAUCGCCAGGGCCAUCACUCAUCCCUCCUACAACGCCAAUACCUUUAACAAUGACAUCACCCUUCUGAGGCUGUCCUCCCCAGUGCAGAUGACGAACCGUGUGUCUCCUGUGUGCCUCGCCACCUCCAGCACCAGCAUCCCCUCUGGAACCAAAUGUGUCACAACUGGAUGGGGCCGGACGGGACAAACUUCGAGCCCUCGUUACCUGCAGCAGACAGCCCUGCCUUUGCUCAGCCCUGAUCAGUGCAAGAGCUACUGGGGUUACAACAGAAUCACUGACGCCAUGAUCUGUGCUGGUGCUUCUGGAGUGUCCUCCUGUCAGGGUGACUCUGGUGGUCCUCUGGUCUGUGAAAGUGGUGGUGUGUGGUCUCUUGUUGGUAUUGUAUCCUGGGGUACCUCCAACUGUAAUACGUACGCCCCUGCUGUGUACUCCCGUGUGUCCUACCUGCGCCGCUGGAUCGACCAGACCAUUGGUUACUACUAAUGUGUAGCACAGUGAUGCAAAGGUGUUUCUCACCGACCCCUACAUGAGACAUCCCAAUUAUAAAACAACAACUUUCUAUUGACAGCAAAUGGUAAAGAUCACACUGUCCUAUUGUUUUGGAGAGUUUGUUAGAAUUCAACCAAUAAACUCUGUAAGAUAUCUGA